GCAAAAUGUCGUAUCUGAACUUGGUGGUCAAAAUUGCCGACGUGGAAUUAGUUUAGUUUGCGGCUCUUCGAGGCUUUCGUCAUAUGCAUCAUGGUCAUGGCAAGAUAAGCAUCUAGAUAUUGAUUGAAAACGCUGCCUUGUCAUUCAUCCUCCAACUAUCUGAAAGAGAGACAGUAUCAAGUUGGUCACCAAAAUGAAGUCCAACACUGCGUCAGCGCUAACAUGGAUUUUAGGUAUCAUUAACCUAUCGUGCAUUGUUGGUCUUGCAUCAUCGAAGUCUAUUGUGACUCCAAAUGGGGUGAUCCCCAGUACAGCACAGUUGACAACUGACUUGACAGAUACGACAACAGUGGAGUCGGGCCUUAACACAGUUGACAGAGAUAUCACCACGACAGAGAUACCGCUAACGUCAGAAUCUUCUGACGAUGCUGCCGAGCUAUUCACAACCGCCAUUCCUGAUGAAAGUCCUACUCCACCAACCCCAACAAAACAAGCUCUGACGACCCUAGCUACACCCAAAGAAGGAUCCGCAAUUCUACUCCCCACUGUCAAAACAACUCUUAAGGCAACUGGCACCACAACGCAAAAGCCCAGCAAACAGACGCCACCACAGAAGCCAUCCAAAUCACCAGUUGCAACAGCUCCUGCAAAGAGAGAAGAGGUCAUUACAACAACUGUAGAAGCACAUACCACCCUCCUCCAAACAACCACAGUCAGUACCAUGACACCCAUUCUUACGACAACAAAAAGAACAACCACGACGCGAGUAGCAACUACAGAACCAAAAAUUGCAACGCAGAAACCAGAACCAGUUGUGGCGACAACAAACAAGCCAACGGAACUGAAUGUGGUCCCCACAACUCUGUUGGCAAAGACAGCUGCACCAGUCCAGCCAGUGGUCAGCACAAAAGUCCCAAUAACUGAGGGUCAUAAACCUGUUAACACUGAUGGGAGCCAGCCGAAGGGAACCACUAAGACACAUGUUUUGACGUCAUCAGAGCCUGACCUUGGUACCGGUACUGAAAAAACCGACACAGCUAACAACUCGGUGUUUUCUAAGCUGAUGCUUCCAGUUGUUCUGGGCAUUGUAGCGGCGAUCCUCAUCAUUUGCUUUGCCUACGGUAUACGCGCCUGCAAGAAGAAAGAAAGGAACGAAGGCCGAAGGAAACUGCUGCACAAUGGAAAGGACCACGAAAUGAAAGGCAACUUCGAUCGGAUGAAGCUAUUGGCGGAUAGUUCAGAGGACGAAUUUUAGCAGCAGUGUAGCAGGCUCUGUAGUUACAGAACUCCAUCUAUGCAGUUGACUCAACAACAUAUGCCUUAAGAGUUUUCUUCUUUUUGUGUCGGAAGGAGGGCAUGUGGUGAUUCUUUAGCGAAAGGUAUGUUUUGUAGAAAGUUAACUUUUGGGACAUGGAACCCAAAAGUUUUGGCACUUAUGCGAAGUUUGGCCAUUAAUUACGUACUGACUUGUGCUGUGUACCGGAACUGCUGUGUUACUGUCACGUAUGGGGCACUACAGCACAACUUCCACUGUCCCUCGUCUUAAGCUUGGGAUAUUAUCAGCGUGCAAUCCCCAAACCGGUCUUAAACAGACUUGUUUAUAACUGGCCAAGCACAGAUUUAU